UUCGAUUCAAUUCAGUCAGAUCAAGAAAUUCAGCAUGGCGUCAACCGCGAUCGACGUGAAGCGCCUUGACGCGUUUUGUGAAGUGUGAGUACAUUUUUCAGUGACAGAACAUAAUAAUCUGUGGUAUAUUUGGUAAUAAAAGAUGGAGUGCAUGGUGGCUAAUGUCGAGCACAUGAGAUUUGACAUUGAAAUUGCCUUGGACGAACAAUAUGGUGCUUUAUCGUUGCCCUUCACGGGGAUGGAUAAAUCCAUUGCCGCAGUUUGCCAGUUUUACCCACGAGGAACCUGUGUCAAGGGAGGUUCUUGCCCAUUUAGGCAUGUCAGAGGAGACAGAACGAUCGUUUGCAAGCAUUGGCUUCGUGGUCUUUGCAAAAAGGGAGACCAGUGUGAAUUCCUUCACGAAUAUGACAUGACAAAAAUGCCAGAAUGCUACUUCUACUCCCGAUUUAAUGCAUGCCACAACAAAGAGUGUCCUUUCCUCCACAUAGACCCUGAAACAAAAGUUCGAGAUUGUCCAUGGUAUGAUCGUGGAUUUUGCAGACAUGGACCACUCUGUAGGCAUAGACACGUUCGCAGAGUUUUAUGCAUGGCAUAUCUCGCAGGAUUUUGUCCUGACGGAUCUAUCUGUAAAUUCAUGCACCCCAGGUUUGAGCUUCCAGCCGUCCAAGAUAUGCAGCCAAAGGAGGGUAAGAAAGUAAUGAUAACUUGUCAUUUCUGUGGCGAAGGGGGUCACAAGGCAAUUUAUUGUAACAAAAUGCCACCGGAUAUUCGAGAGGCGCAAGCAAGGCAGGAAUUGGAGGGUGGGGGGCCUGGAGCGCACCCUCCACAUCACCACAUGAACUCACAUAGUGGGCCCCCGCCACGAGGGCCACAAAAACCUUUGGAAGAAGUUACGUGUUAUAAAUGUGGAACAAAAGGUCAUUAUGCGAAUAAAUGUCCGAAAGGACAUCUCGCAUUCCUGAGUCACACCGGAGGAGGAGCCGCGGCCGGUGCUGGUCAAAAUCCUAGCUACAGACGAUAAAUUUUUUGUUGAGUAGGUCUUUCGUUUGGAAAUAUGAUUAUUUUAUUCUUUAAAAUCACUUGGGUAUCAUACUAUUAAUACAAUAAGAAUAAAACAAUUAUAUUAUAAUA